AUGAAGGGCCUGCUCCCACUGGCUUGGUUCCUGGCUUAUAGUGUGCCUGCUGUGCCAGGAGGCUUGCUGCAACUGAAGUCGAUGAUCGAGAAGGUGACAGGAAAGAACGCCCUGGUAAACUAUGGCUUCUACGGCUGUUACUGCGGCUGGGGCGGCCGAGGGACCCCCAAGGAUGAGACCGAUUGGUGCUGUUGGGUGCACGACCGCUGUUACGGGCCGCUGGAGGAGAAAGGCUGCAACAUCAGGACACAGCCCUACAGAUACAGAUUCGCUUGGGGCCUGGUCACCUGCGAGCACGGGUCCUCAUGUGGCGUGCAGCUGUGCACCUGUGACCGGCAGUUCGCCUAUUGCCUGCAGAGGAACCUGUGGAGCUACAACCCUCGUUAUCGCUACUUCCCCAACGUCUUCUGCUCCUAG